GAGAUGGAGCAUGUGAAUGUGAGUGUGAAACUUCCUUACAUUUGGCCUCUUUCUCUUCUUGCUGUCAACGUACUUAUCGCAUUCGCCACCUACGCCUUCCUUUUUCCCUUUCCUUGGAUCUCCUCAAUUUCAUUUCCAGCCAUUUGUUCCGUACAAUUGUCUCUUCCCACUAUUGUUUUCAACCCCCCUUAUCUUCUCAUAAUUGGAGGAGCUAGCCCUGUAGGGAGUUUGAAAUUAAAUAAUUAAAUAAAAAAUACCCUGAGAUCUGGAUUGUGAAUAUUCCCAGAUAAUUACUUGUUACUUAAACGCUCUUUUCCCCUUUUUUUAGUAUUGGGGGGUUUGGCUUACACUUCAUACUGGGAUUUAAGAAUUGGAGCUGGUGAUUUAGCUGGAAGUUUUGAGAUCUGGGUUUUGUUUUUCUUGGACAAAUGGGGAGUUCUGCGGAGAAAGUUGUUGCUGUGAUCAUGGUAGGAGGACCAACCAAAGGUACUCGGUUUAGGCCACUGUCACUGAAUAUUCCAAAGCCACUUUUUCCCCUAGCUGGACAGCCAAUGGUUCAUCAUCCAAUCUCUGCCUGCAAAAGGAUUCCGAACCUAGCACAGAUCUACCUUGUUGGAUUCUAUGAGGAGCGGGAAUUUGCCAUAUAUGUGUCAUCGAUCUCGAAUGAACUGAGAGUUCCUGUUAGAUACUUGAAAGAGGAAAAACCGCAUGGCUCCGCUGGGGGAUUAUACAACUUCAGGGAUAUGAUCAUGGAAGACAGCCCGUCACAUAUCUUUUUACUGAAUUGUGAUGUUUGCUGCAGCUUUCCACUGCCUGCGAUGCUUGAGGCUCAUGUAAAAUAUGGAGGUAUGGGAACAAUCCUUGUCAGCAAGGUAUCUCCUGAAUCAGCAAAUGAGUUUGGGGAACUCGUUUCUGACCCUGCUACAAAUGAGCUGCUGCACUACACAGAGAAACCCGAAACCUUUGUGAGUGAACGCAUAAACUGCGGUGUUUAUGUAUUUACUCCAGAUAUUUUCACUGCCAUUCAAGGUGUAUCUACUGAACGGAAAGACAGAGCUAACCUGCGGCGUGUAUCUAGCUUUGAAGCUCUUCAGCUACCCAAUAGGAGUCUUCCAGCAGAUUUUGUUCGUCUGGAUCAAGAUAUCUUAUCUCCACUUGCAGGGAAGAAGCAGCUAUAUACCUACGAGACCCUGGACUUCUGGGAACAAAUAAAAACUCCUGGGAUGUCUUUGAAAUGCUCUGGUCUGUACCUUUCUCAAUUUAGAUGCACAUCGCCCCAUCUUUUGGCGAGUGGGGAUGGCACAAAGAGCGCUCUAAUCACUGGUGAUGUUUACAUUCAUCCUUCCGCAAAAGUUCAUCCAACUGCAAAGAUUGGUCCAAAUGUUUCGAUAUCUGCAAACGUUCGAAUUGGAGCUGGUGCGAGGCUCAUCGACUGUAUUGUUCUCGAUGACGUGGAAAUCAAGGAAAAUGCGGUUGUUAUUCAUGCUAUUAUUGGGUGGAAGUCUUCUAUCGGGAGAUGGUCUCGAGUCCAGGCUGUUGGAGAUUACAACGCAAAGCUUGGAGUCACAAUCCUUGGUGAAUCCGUGGGAGUGGAAGACGAGGUUGUGGUGAUCAACAGCAUCGUCCUUCCGAACAAGACCCUAAAUGUCAGUGUUCAGGAGGAAAUCUUACUAUGAUACCAACAGGCAAAUAACAAAUUCAAUCAGGUCAUCCAUACCAACAGAACUUCUGUGUGUAUUGACAUUUUUUAUUUUUUAUUUUGUAAAAUCAAGCUCUGAAAGAAGAAGAUUCCUUGAUGUUGUAAAUUUCUUUGUUAGAUUCAUGUAAUAAAUGCUCUCAAAUGCUUCUUGUCUCCAUUGCAUUUUCAUGUUAUAUGAGAAAAUUGACUUCAAUGAGUUAUGUAAGUU